UAGAUGAUCCCUAUUUACCACAUCAGCUAAUUAUUUAUUGAACAUGUGCUCUUGCGAAGUGCUUCCACUCCCCAACAUUUGAAACUCACCCACAGUCACUCAUUCUCUGUCGUCUAGUCUGACAUGAUGUUGCUCAAGGCUGUGAUCUUGGGUUUUUCGACUUGCGCAUCUGCGCUUCACGCUCGUUCUCAAAGUGCGGCUUCACAACUUGAAGAUACCACUUCGGCUACUUCUCCUUCAGAUUCUUCGGCGACAGGAUCACUGAUUGCAUCCUCGCUGGCAUCAGAUUACGACUCCGCGUUCGGGUCGUACACACGUCAACCCACGGUCAACGAUCCAACUGCCGCACCAUAUCCUACCUCGGUCAAUGGCACUAGCACAGUUGCGGCACCGCUGUCAACUGGCACUCCUGGAUCUUGUGCUCCGUAUUGGAUGGAAAACGUCAAACAUCAAGGUGUUGCGUCUUUCAAUCCCAACCCUGACAACUACACCGUGUUCAGGAACGUCAAGGACUUUGGUGCGAAAGGCGAUGGAGUCACUGACGAUACAGCGGCAAUUCAGAGAGCUGUUACCCAAGGGAAUAGAUGUGGACCAAGUGCAUGCGAAUCUUCGACAAACACACCUGCCGUGGUAUACUUUCCUGAGGGUUCGUACUUGAUCUCAUCGAGUAUCAUUGAUUACUAUUACACCCAGCUGAUUGGAAACCCCAACUGUCUUCCAACCCUGCUUGCAACUUCAAAUUUCACUGGUCUCGGUUUGAUUGAUGGCAGCCCCUACCUAGGCACUGGUACCCGCCCCGGUCGGACAGGCUUUGGACCAACCAACACCUUCUUCCGCCAGAUUCGUAAUCUUAUUCUAGACAUGACGAAUAUUCCGGCCAAUGUGUCCGCAACUGGAGUGCACUGGCCUACUGCACAGACCACAAGCCUCCAGAAUGUGGUGUUCAAGAUGUCCGCAGCCAACGGUACACAGCACCAAGGUUUGUUCAUUGAAGAAGGAUCUGGAGGCUUCAUGACAGAUCUUGUUUUCGAGGGCGGUAACUACGGAUUCAAUGUAGGCAAUCAGCAGUUCACUACGCGGAACCUGACCUUCAACAACGUUGUCACGGCCAUCAAUCAAUUGUGGGAUUGGGGAUGGACAUACUCUGGUGUCACGAUAAACAACUGCAAAGUUGGUUUCAACGUCUCGGCAGGAGGACCUUCAGCAGUUAACGUUGGGUCAAUCACCUUGUUCGACAGCGAAAUCAACAACACCCCUAUUGGUAUCAGCACCGCAAGAACCGACAACUCUGAGCCGGCUGCUGGAGGAAGCUUGUACCUGGAAAAUGUCAAGCUGAACAAUGUUGGCGUAGCUGUUGCUGGGCCCAACUCAACCUACCUUGAGGGUACUACUGGAUCCACGGUGAUAGCUGCUUGGGCUGAUGGUCACCGUUAUCUACCCCAGGGUCCUGUGGAAGCUCGAGGUCCCGUCGAACCUAGUAAGAGGCCGGCCGAGUUACUCGACGCUGCAGGAAGAUACUAUACACGUUCAAAGCCUCAGUACGAUUCCGUUCCGCUGUCUACAUUUCUCAGCGCUCGGGACCUCGGUGCCUCUGGUGAUGGCGUGACGGACGAUACCGCCGCUUUGAAUGCUGCUCUGUUGAAGGCUAAGGGCGAAGGCAAGAUCCUCUUCGUAGAUGCUGGUUUCUAUAAGGUAACGGGAACGAUAUACGUUCCACCAGGCUCUAAAAUCGUAGGUGAAGCCCUUGCCUCAGUCAUUCUCUCGGCCGGUGAGUACUUCAAUGACAUCGCCAAUCCGAAGCCCGUAGUCCAAGUCGCACUGCCCGGCGAGCAAGGCUCAAUCGAGUGGUCUGAUAUGUUCAUAAGCACACAAGGCCAGCAAAAAGGCGCUGUUCUGAUCGAGUACAACCUGGGAACAUACGACUCUACGCCGGCUGGAAUGUGGGAUGUCCACACUCGUGUCGGUGGCUUCGCUGGCUCCGACCUUCAAACUGAGCAAUGCGAGAAGACCCCGGACACUAAGAUUACGUCUGAAAACCUCGUGCAGGAAUGCAUUGCUGCAUAUAUGUCCAUUCAUAUCACCAAGUUUGCCACUGGCCUCUAUCUCGAGAACAACUGGCUAUGGAUUGCCGACCACGACCUGGACGAUGCACGCAACAACAACACCCAGAUCACCAUUUACGCAGGCCGUGGUCUACAUAUUGAGAGCCAGCGUGGUCAGAUUUGGCUAUGGGGCACAGCAGUCGAACACCACGUUCUCUAUGAGUACCAGUUCGUCGACACACGCAACGUAUUCAUGGGCCAGAUCCAAACCGAGACCGCGUACUACCAGCCCAAUCCCGACGCCACGAUCCCCUUCCCACCUAACCCUGCUCUGAAUGAUCCCGUGUUCGCUCCAUUCGUCAAUGGUACAGGCAACAGCACUGCUAGCACGGCGGGAGGAUGGGGCCUGCGUAUCGUGCGCAGCAAUAAUAUCCUUGGCUACGGCGUGGGGUUGUACUCGUUCUUUGACAACUACAGCACUGCCUGCUCAGCUGUAGGCGCGGGUGCAGUGUGCCAGACAAGGAUCUUCAGUGUUGAAGGUGACAGACUGAGCUAUGACAUCGAUAUCUACAACCUCAAUACUGUGGGAGCAACGAAUAUGAUCACGAGGGAUGGAGUGGAUCUGGCGAGUAAUGUCGACAACAACAGUACAUUCGUGGAUACGAUCAACAUGUUCAGGAUCGAUGGUUUUGGAUCGCCGCCGGUACUGAGCAAGUAGUGUAGAUAAAGACACAAUCAGUAUUCGUUGUAUGUUAGCAAUAUUGCAUUGCUGGCUUUACGGCAGGUGCAAACUACUUGCGUUGAAGUGCAAGUUUGAAAACUAAAUUAAAUCAAUACUACAAUCCGCUUCACGGUCACAAGAGUCAUGAACAAGACUUGCUCCAUUCUGAGAUUUUGUGAGCUGUGCAAAAUUUGAGGUUGU